UUUAAACAAGUUUAUCCACUCUACGGAUAAUGUUAUCAAUACUGAUAGAGUUUUCAAUACAGUUUGUCAGUUUAGCCCCAUUUCUGUCUUCUUGUUACAAUGUCUCUGAACGGAGUGUUUGUGCUACUCAUGGCUUCUUUAGCAGGUUUUUGCCCAUGCUCUGCCUGCAAUUACAUGCAACUAUCAGAUGCUUUGAACAUGUCUUCUGAAAAUAUGACUGUGCGUCCAGUAAAAGACUGGAAAAAAAAUACGACUGUGCAAGUUAACAUAAUUCUGUACACCGUUGUAAAGCUGGAUACAGCCACACAGACUCUGACAACAUUUUUAUGGUUUACAUUGGAAUGGGAAAAUGAAUUUAUAUCCUGGAAUCCAGAAAAUUAUUGUGGAAUUCAAAGCUUUUUUGGGUCAUUUGACAUCUGGCAACCAGACAUCUAUAUUUAUGAAAUGACUGAGGCAGAUAACAAGAAUCCUGUUAUUCUGUACCACAAUAUUAGUUAUAAUGGAACCAUCAAAGAUAGCAAACCAUUACGGAUUGUGAGCACCUGCAAUCUUAUUAUUUUCAUGUACCCUUUUGACAUCCAGCAUUGUGAUCUGUCCUUUACAACGUUUUCUGAGACUAGUGAGAGUGUUAAAAUAGUAUGGAAGCAUGAUUCUAGAAAAGUAUAUGACCUUUCGCGAUCAUCUUUCUUUAGCAUAGGGGAAUGGAACCUGCUAAACAUUUCAGUGGUGCAGGCUAACAACAUGGUCAAAUAUACGAUUUCUUUGAAAAGGAGCCCCACAGUUCAGAUCAUUGCAUUCAUCAUUCCAAUUUGCUUUUUGGUCAUUUUGGAUGUAGCUGGCAUGUUUAUCAGUUUCACGGAAGGGAAUAGGAUUAUGUUUAAAGUCGUGGUUGUGUUGGGAUUCUUUGUGCUGAUUGUUGUCCUGAACCAAAUUCUUCCCACCACUGACAGUCCUCCAUUGUUAUGUUUAUUCUGCUUUACUUGCAUGGCCCUUAUGGUUGUCAGUCUUAUGGGUUGCAUUGCAACUUCCUACCUGUUAAACCUGUCUGAGACUUCCACGCAAACUCCUCCUUGGAUGAAAUUCUGGAUUAAAACAUGCUUGGCACGAUUUCUCUUUUUCAACAUAAAUUGCUCUAAACGAGAUCACAUCUCUAAUUCUCACGGUGUUAUAGAAAAUGGUGCUAUUAAUCCAAGAUAUGCCCAUAAGAGGGAAGAUGCUUCACCUGUAACUGUAGAUAUAAAUAAUAUAACUGAAACCCAACUUUUGGAGAUGUUGCUGUUAGAAGUCCAAACUAUCCAGCAGGAACUGAUCUCUCAUAAGACUGAAGAAGAUGGUGAAUCAGAUUGGUACAUUAUCGCAAUGGUGUUGAAUCGAUUGUUCAUAAUAUUGUAUUUGCUAUCUAUUAUCAUUACAUUUAUUGUAGUCUUCUCUCUAUGGGGGUCGUAAGGAAUACCCAUUAUAGUAGUUAUGGAGCUCAUGUAGUUUUGAAGCAAAUGAUGUUAUAAUAAUAUUAUAUUAUACCUUGCUUGCCAUAUUGUUUGAGCCACAAUUUAAUAGGAUUGCCAUCAUAUACCAUUAAAUCGGAACUAUAGCCAGAACUUAAGCCUCAUACACACGAUCGGAUAUCUGAUGGAAUCUAAUCC